GGUUGUAGGUGUCGCUGCAGACUGCGUCUUAAAGCGGCGCAGGGCGAGGAGGCUGCGUCUCAAGGCCACUUCCAAAAAGCUCGUCAUGCGCUCCUGAGACAUGUCCGCUUCCAAAGGACGGCCCAAACAUGUCCUUCCCCGACGCCGCCAACCCCUUCCUCGUGGACGCGCUGAUUGGCGCGUACCGGACGCAGCCUUUUGGCGCCAGCAUGCACCAUGACGCGGGGAGCUACGGACUGCUGCCGUCCUUCCCCAAAAGAGGCGACGUGGGUUCGCCCACGGACGUGCACUCCUACGUAGCUCAGCUCGACAACUGGGCCGAGCCGUGCCGAACCCAGGCGCCCGGUGCCGACUGCUCGUACGCGCCGAGCAUCAAGGAGGAGGGCGGCUGCUGCAUGUUCCCGGAGAAGACGGCACCCAAAAGCCUGCAGCCGGGAGUCCUCGCCUUCCCCUCCCUGGUGUCCGAACCGAACCGAGCCGCCGAGAUUCCGGUUCCGGGCUAUUUCCGACUGAGCCAGCCGUGCGUUAACGGGAGGCAUGACGACCAUUACCGGCUGAUGCAGCCCAGCAGCCUGCGGGACGCACCCGCGGAUCCCGCAUGCGUGGUGGAGGAGGACGAGGAGGAGGAGGAGGAGGACCGGGAUGAAGAGGAGGAGGAGGAGGAGGAGAAGUGCGUGGCCGUGGAAGCCGCGGACUGCAGCCCCGGCGUGAUGCUGCCGCGGGAUGGCAAAGAGAACAAGACCGAGACCCCAGCCAGCAGCUGGUUGACGGCCAAGAGCGGCAGGAAGAAGCGCUGUCCUUACACCAAGCACCAGACCUUGGAGCUGGAGAAGGAGUUCCUGUUCAACAUGUAUUUGACGCGAGAGCGCCGGCUGGAAAUCAGCAGGAGCGUCGACCUGAGCGACCGGCAGGUCAAAAUCUGGUUCCAGAACCGAAGGAUGAAGCUGAAGAAAAUGAGUCGGGAAUGUCGAGUGCGGGAACUGAACUGUAAUCUGACUUUCUCCUGAACGGUGGACCUAUUUGGGUUUGGUAUGUUCACAAUUGGCGUUACGGACUCGACCUUUGAGGUGGUGUGUACUUUAUGUCGCUCGGUGUUGUUUGUCACAUGGUUGGAUGUUAACUUAUACACUUUGUCCAGUACACUUGGACACUGGACCCCGGUCAAAACCUUGCUGGCCUUGUCGUUGUACUCGGUGUGUAAAAGUGCACAGCAUUCCAAUGUUUAGCACCAGGAGAAGCACUCUUGUAUCGGGUGUCGUACCUAACAACAUGGAGUGUGGAUUUUACUGUUGUAUUGUGUUUGUUUUGCUGUAAAAAGUGCAUUUGUUGUCCAGUAAAAUGUCCGCUGGCCUACGAUUGGGCUGAAAAGGUUCCUGUUGUGUGGUUUAUGUUGCAUGUGUGUAACAUACUUGCAAUAAAAGGAUCCAAAUGCU